AUACUCUUCUUGCUUUGUUAUUGCUGGACAUAUUAUUACUUCCAGUGUGUCUCAGGAAACCUCUAUAUACCCCCACAUUAAUAUGAUGGCAUACAGUAUAAAAGAGUGCAGAGUUGCUCUGCACCAGCUCUCAGAUGCUGCAGUCAGGAGUGGCUGGUGCCCUGAGCAGAGCCUCAUUCAAGCAGCAACUGACGUGUGCAAACUCGAGCCUGAAGCAAUGGAGGGCAGCAGUUCAUCCAUCAUAACAGUUUACAUCAAAGAGGAGCCUGAAGAUGAGGGAGAGGACAUAACUGUGAAGGAUGAACAACUUUGCAGUGAAGAAUAUGAGGAUGCCAUGCCGUGCGGUGCCCUGGCCACCAUUGGUCAGGAUGUGAUGCCAGUUUUUCCUGAAAACAAGGAAGAAAAGAUGUCUGCCACUCAGGAAAAUAUUUCUCCAGUGCCCAAUGGAGCAGCUUUUGUCCAGGAAGUUCUUUCUGAUCAGCCUGUGUCUGAGUUCAAGUCAUCCAACUUGGCCAACAAUGACCAUGCAAGACUAGCAAAGAAAUUGCCAAAGGUUCCAUCAUCCACUGAUUCAUUACAUACAGAUGUUCCUUUUAAUUCCAACCAAAUCACCAAACGAGAUUUCCGAACUGUAUUAAACUGCAAGUUAUGCAACUAUGUUACAAAUAGAAAAAAUAAUCUCAAUAAGCAUUUGUUUUGUAAGCAUGGUUUGGGGGGAGGAUUCCAAUGCGAGUUGUGCGACUAUGUCGCUGUCAGUAAAUAUUGUCUUAAAGUUCAUCAAUUUACUAAACAUGGUUUGGGGAAAGGAUUGAAAUGCAAGUUGUGUGAUUACGUAGCUGGCAGAAAACGUUAUCUUGAAACGCAUAUGUUCUCUAAACAUAGUAUAGGAAACAGUGUAAAAUGUGACCUAUGUGACUAUGUUGCAGCUAAAAAAGAUACCCUUCAACGUCACCUGUUUUCGCAACAUGGUUUGGGGAAGGGAAUGAAAUGUAAAUUGUGUGAUUAUGCCACUUGUCAAAGAGCUCUCCUUAAUAAGCACCAUUUUACUAAACAUGGUUUGGGUGUGGGAAUCAAUUGUAAGUUGUGUGAUUAUGUUACUAUUAGAAAACAUCUUCUCAGUAUGCAUCUUUUUUCAAAGCAUGGUAUUGGGGAAGGCUUGAAAUGCAAGUUGUGUGAUUAUUCUACUCUUCAGAAGUGUUCUUUGAAACAGCACUUGAUUUCUAAACAUGGUGUUGGAAAAGGAUUCCAAUGCAAGUUGUGUGAUUAUAGCAACUGUAGAAAACGUGCUCUUGAUAUACACAUGAUUUCUAAACAUGGUUUAGGGAACGGAUACCAGUGCAAGUUGUGUGAUUAUAGCAACUGUAGAAAAUUUGAUCUUGAUGUACACUUGUUUUCUAAACAUGGUUUAGGGAAAGGAUUAAAAUGUAACUUGUGUGAUUAUAGCAACUGUAGAAAAUAUUCUCUUGAUAUGCAUAUGUUUUCUAAACAUGGUUUAGGGAAAGGCUUCCCAUGUGAGUUCUGUGAUUAUGUCACUGGUAAUAAAUGGUCUCUCAAAAAGCACCUGGAAUCUAAACAUGUUUUGGCUUAGAAAAGAUCUCUUAGUAAAAGUUGUGCUACUACAUCUGCUAACAAUACGGUCUAACCUUGGUUGAAGGGGUUUGAGGAAAUUAAAUUUAUGUGUAUUGGUUGCAGUUGGUAAAUAUCAGAAAGAAUAUGUACAGAUUAAUAAUAAUUAUUUAGUGAAAUGAUUCCAUACUGAGUUUAGUCAAAUUUGAAUAAGACUCCCUAACCAUACACCUUCCAUGUCACGAUAUGAAGGUCUUGUUGCUUAGUAAUCUGGUCUGUAUUCUCAUAUGGGGCUAUAUUUUUCACUUAACACCACCGUAUUUAGACUGGAUAAAUGUUGUGAGCUUUGCAAAUAAACUUUAUUUCUAGUACAGUUAGUGAUUUUGUAUUUUGUUUGAAUGCAUUAAUGUGGGUUUGUCCAGAAGGCCUGUCCAGUAAUAAACGUGUUGGUUGAGACUAUAUAAUUGCUUCAAUUUAAUAGAAUUAAAAAUAACAUUCACCAGCUUGUGUGUAGAUGAGGUUUGUGAAAAUGCUUUCUAAAUGCGAAUUUUGUGCAUUAUGUGUGAAUUAUAAUAUAUAUGCCCAAAAUUCCUGGAUUCAGAAAUCAUCUA